AUGCCGGGCAUGAGAGCCAUGGACUGGAACAGCCUUGGAAAGAUGGACCAGCUCACUCCCCAGGUGCAGAGGCACCUUACCAAGGUCUAUGCUGCCCUCUCGGGGGCGCUGCUCGCGGCUGUGCUGGGAGCCUACUACGGGUGGAAGUUUGCGGUGACCGGAGUCUGGACUCAGAUCGCCUUGUUCGGAUGCAUCAUUGGGCUGAGCAUGAUUCAAGAUGUGUAUAAUCGGCUCAUCGUUUUCCAUGCCGCUGGCUUCCUUAUGGGAUGCAACUUAAGUCCUCUUCUGGCUAUGGUCGCAUUUCACAAUCCUCAGCUGAUAGUUACUGCUCUCAUGGGAACUGCCAUGAUUUUUAUAUGCUUCUCCCUAUCUGCAAUGUACGCGAAGCGUCGUCACUUCCUUUACUUGGGAGGCAUGCUUGGGUCCGCAAUGUCGAUUCUGUUCACCUUCAGAUUUCUCAACUUCAUCAUGGGUGGCACCUUGUCUGCUGGCCUUUACGAGAUUGAGCUCUACGGAGGAUUGUUCAUGUUCAUGGCGUAUGUCAUCUUCGACACUCAGAUGAUUAUUGAAGAUGCAUAUGCUAAUCGCAAGGACUUUGUCGCUCAUGCCAUGGAGCUUUUGAUCGAUUUUGUUGCGAUCUUUGUCAGACUCCUUGUAAUUCUUACAAGGAAUGCGGAGAGGAAAAGGGAAGAGGAGAGACGUAAGGAACGUCAAUAA